AUGACCAGCGGUGUUGUCAAUGGUCCGAUUCCAGAUUCAUUCCUCUUCGAUGAAUCGAAAAGGUUGAACUCUUUGGUCUACAAGGAAGGCAAGUUGGAAGUUUUAGAUCAGCUUUUGCUCCCGCACGAGUUCAAGUAUAUUCCAAUUAACGGUGUCAAUGAUGCUUACGAUGUAAUCAAAUCAAUGAAGGUCAGAGGAGCCCCACUAAUUGCCACUGUUGGAUGUCUCGGAUUAUUGAUCGAACUGAAAAAUAGAUCCGAUUUCGAUGGCGUCUGGCUUGAAGAGAGGAUCAACUAUUUAAUUUCAUCUCGACCAACAGCUAUCGACUUACGGAACAGUUUGAAUUGUUUGCUACCAAUUAUUCACAGCAAAAGUUCAAAUGUCGAAAAAAUGAAAAAAAUUUAUGAUCAUCUCAUUGGGGUCUAUGAAACAGAAAAGGAAGAAAAUCGUAAAUUAGUGUGGAAUGGUUAUCAAGAGUUGAUAUCUGCUUUUCCCAAUGAUCACAAGCUGACAGUGAUGACAAUUUGCAAUACGGGUAGUUUAGCGACAUGCUCAUGGGGAACCGCGCUCGGUGUGAUUCGAGCACUUCAUUCAGAGAAUCGCCUGAAGCUCGCCUACGUCUUGGAGACACGACCAUAUAACCAAGGAAUCCGACUCACCUCGACUGAACUUCUUCACGGCAAUGUUCCGUUUCGAUUGAUUACUGAUUCGAUGGCCGCAUGGGUUAUGAAGAAUGACAAGGUUGACGCGAUCUUAGUCGGCGCCGACAACGUGGCACUCAACGGAGAUACUGCAAAUAAAAUUGGGACUUAUAUGUUAGCUGUUCUCGCGAAACAUCAUAAUAUUCGUUUCUACCCAGUGGUCCCUGCUACUUCAAUAAACCGCAAUAAUGAGACGGGAGCUGGUGUGACGAUCGAGGAGAGACCCGCAAAAGAGCUUCUCUCGAUCAACGGACAAUUCAUUGGAUCGCCGAACACGCCUGUCUGGAAUCCGGCGUUCGACGAGACACCCGCCGAGCUCAUCACCAAAAUAAUUACCGAUUUUGGGAAUUUUGAACCAGUUGCAUUGAAAAAUGCCGUAUUGAAUAGAUAA